AUGGGAUAUAAGAUAUAUUCUAACUCUGACUUAGUUCAAACAGUAACAUGGGCAAACUAUGAAUGGUUCGCUUUGAGAAACUCAGUACAACCACAAGCUAGAGAACAAACAGACCAGUAUGCAACUAUUGAGAAAAUAAGAAGACUUGACCCUAACGUUCCAGGAGUUUAUGUUAACCUUUCUGGACAAACUGCAGCAGCAGUAACCAAAGUAAAACUGAAACUUAGAGUUCCUUUGUCAUCUUUCCUCAUCUUCAGGUUUUUAAGAUACUUGCCAAACUGGGCAGGAAAAAUUUCUAUCGAACUUACUCCAAGCAAAAAUAACUUAGUCAUUGCACCAACACAAGACCCAUUCACUCUUACAGACGUAAAGGGAACAAAUCAAACGUCAUUCGCCGACUUUUGCAAAGACAAAGUUGACUUAGACUUUGGUUUCUCAAACCUCAACACUGAAGUAAACUAUUAUUUCAAUGCUGCUGGAACUGCUUGGGACCCAGUUAAGUUCACAUGCGAAAAAUUUGAAUGCAAGAGAAUAGAAAGCAGACUUGCAGUCUAUAUGUUGGACCCAGAUAUUUCAAAUGCUUUAGCUGCCAAAUAUAUUGCAGUUCCACUUAUGUUCCCUAUACACCAAAUAUCUGUCAAAGACUUUGCAGGUGAAGUUGGAAACCAAAGUGCUGACCCAGGUGCAAGAACAGAUAUUGCUUUAACAACUGCAAUGAAACAUGCAGAUACUAUGUUUGUACUGUUCAGACGAACUAUAAA